UUCAAAUAAAAUCGAUUACUGAUUGUGUACUCUUUUUAUGAAUGAGCAAUGUUUUGAUUUACUCACUCAUCAUUUACCGCGUUGUUUACAUUUUAAAUCGUCAAAAUAAUACAUGAUUUUAUUUCGGCACAAAAAUGCAAUAUCUACGAUAUUAUUCUACCAAAAUUAAAGAUGUAUAUCCUCAUAGCACAGUAAAAAUUUUUCGGCGAAAAGAUGUUUUGGUAAAAACUAAAAGUAAAGAUAAAGUGAACCCACUUGCUCCCAUUGACCAGAAAGCCAGCAGAAAAGAAAACAUUCAAAACCAGGAACUACCUCCAUCAGAUGCAAAUAACGAUUUUUCGGAGAAUGUUGUCAAAGUGCAAAUGCUUUCGCGUAGUUUACAUAGUCAAAUAUUUACGACAACCACUAACUCAACGACUGAAAAAAAGGAGAAUUAUGUAGCCGAUUUAAAAAAGCAUGGAAUUGAUGUAAAUAGCACGGACCGGGUGCCAGAUGUGAAACUAAAGCUACCAAAACUUCAUGGCAAAGAUAUCGAAGAACACUUUUACAAUAUAGCUAAGGAGCAAAUAGAUCCUUACGAGAAAUUGCUUAAUUCAUUAGUCACAUGUAAAGAAUUGCCCAUUCGUCCACUAAAAUGGAACUUAAAUAGCGGUUGGACCAUGUACGAUUCAGUCACGGGAGAAGGAAAAUCUGUUAUUGUGCCACUUGAUGAUGCGUUAAUCUUUGAUGUAGAAGUAUGCGUAUCUGAAGGCUCUGCGCCAACUUUAGCCACAGCGGUAAGCGCGAAUAAUUGGUACUCCUGGGUAAGUCCUCAUCUCGUAGACGAAAGUUCAUGUAGUAAUUCAGUUAAACAUUCAUUGGCUUCCAAACGUUACCAUUUAAAUGAUCUUAUUCCCUUGGGUACGAAAGGACCGAAAAUAAUCGUUGGCCAUAAUGUAUCGUACGAUAGAGCUAGGUUGCGUGAACAAUAUCUAAUUGAAGAUACUGGAGUUCGAUUUAUAGACACGAUGUCUUUGCAUAUAAGCGUAAGUGGUAUAACCAGUUAUCAGCGCGCACUUCUGAAAUCACGUAAAGAAACCGACCCUGAAGAUGAAGAAUGGCAAGCACAGAGUUCACUUAAUAGUUUAGUUGAUGUUCAUCGUUUGUACUGUGGAGGAGAGUUGCUAUCGAAGGAGCCUCGAAAUAUUUUCCUAGAAGGUUCGCUAUCUGAUGUCAAGGAAAAUUUCCAAAUGUUGGUGGAUUAUUGUGCUGGAGACGUGGAAGCAACUUUCAAAGUAUUCGCCAAACUAUAUCCUCUCUAUAUAGAGAGAUUUCCUCAUCCGGCUACAUUAGCUGGCAUGUUGGAAUUGGGUUCCGCAUAUUUACCUGUUAAUUCUAAUUGGACGCGCUAUAUAAAAGAGUCAGAUUUAGCAUAUGAAGAUUUAAGCAUUGAAGCCAAAAACCACCUUAAACGGCGAGCUGACAAAGCUUGCAGUUUAAUGAAAAAUGCGGCAUAUCGUGAGCAUCUCUGGUUGUGGGAUGAAGAUUGGAGUGUCCAAGAAAUUAAAUUAAAAAAGACUAAACCCUCAAAGAAGAAACCACCAGUAUUAUUGAAUGUUGAACAAAGUAAUCUAACACAAGAAGAGCUUCAAUUACAAAAAAAAUUUCAAUAUUUGUAUGACAUGAAGUCACUUAUGCCAGCUCGACGUCCACUGUUACCGGGCUACCCAGCUUGGUAUCGAAAAUUGUGCAAAAAAGUUCCGAAGAAUUACACGACGAAUACUGAUUGGUCGCCGGGUGCCACUGAAAUAGGAACCGGAAUGCAAAUAGCCUCCAAAUUACUUUCUUUAUGUUGGGAAGGAUAUCCAUUACACUAUAUAAGGGAACAUGGUUGGGGUUUUCUUGUACCAUUCCGCAAAGAACCAUAUCCACCUGUAGAUUUGAAUGCUGAUUCUAAUCCAUAUCGUAUACCAAUUAGAAAACUUACAGAACGAUGUCCAGUACCCAAAUUGCUUGGGUCAGAUAUAUUAGAGGCGCAGGAGUUUGGUUAUGACAUGGGCACGCUUGAUCAGGAACUCGAUUGUAAGUUGGGCAAAAAGGAAUAUUAUAAAAAACAACCUAAGGAUCACACAAAUGGCAUUUAUAAGGGAGCAGGAGUGUGGUGUAAAAAAGUUUUAGAAGGAUGCUGCUUUUUCCUGAAAUUACCACAUAAGAAUGGCAAUUCCUUUCGUGUUGGUAAUCCUUUGUCGAAGGAUUUUCUAAAUAAAUUUUCUGAAAAUGUUUUAAGUAGUGGUGAUGCUGUGGAAGGUUCAGCGAAACGUGUUAUCGAAAUUGCACGGAUGAUGUCCUAUUGGCGUAACAAUCGCGACCGAAUAAUAGGUCAAAUGGUUGUAUGGUUGGGUAGAAACGAGCUGCCGAACAGUUUGAAAAACAAUGAAAAUAUUCACGAUAUAACAGAAUACGGUGCGAUUUGUCCACAAGUUGUUGCUUGUGGUACGUUAACUCGUAGAGCAAUGGAGCCAACUUGGAUGACAGCUUCGAAUUCGCAGCGUGAACGAAUCGGUUCUGAACUACGUUCUAUGGUACAAGCGCCCCCUGGAUACCGUAUAGUUGGAGCAGAUGUUGAUUCUCAAGAAUUAUGGAUUGCUUCAGUGCUGGGCGAUGCUUACGCUUGUGGCACUCAUGGUGCCACUGCGUUGGGAUGGAUGACAAUCAGUGGUUCGAAAUCGAAUGGUACUGAUAUGCAUUCCAUAACCGCUAAAGCUGUGGGUAUAUCUAGAGAUCAUGCAAAAGUUAUCAAUUAUGCACGUAUUUAUGGAGCGGGUCAAAAUUUUGCUGAAGGACUACUCAAGCAAUUCAAUCCAACAUUAUCCGAUACAGAAGCGCGAGUUAAGUCACAAAAAAUGUUUGCGAUUACGAAAGGUAAACGAGUUUAUAAUUUGCGCGAAGAAUUCUUGGAUAAUUAUGAAAACAAAAGUUAUUCCGGUUACGAAGCACUGAAGCUGGCUUCAUCUUGCAAUCGUGCGGUUAAAGAAAUGUUUCAGAACCCUAAAUGGGUGGGUGGUACGGAAAGUGCGAUGUUCAACAGAUUGGAAGAGAUUGCCUCAAAUAAUUGUCCGAAAACUCCUUUCUUGAAUUGCCGUCUUAGUCGAGCACUGGAAGUAAAUAAUGGAGAUGAGAAUCGCUUUCUUCCAACCCGUAUAAAUUGGGUGGUGCAAAGUGGAGCUGUCGACUUUUUACAUCUUAUGUUAGUAUGUAUGCGUUGGCUUAUGGGAGCACAAGUUCGUUUUAGUUUAAGCUUUCAUGAUGAAGUGCGUUACUUGGUAAAAGAAGAGUUGGCCUACAAGACGGCGCUGGCUCUACAUAUAACCAAUCUGUUAACGCGCUCGUUUUGUUCAUCACGCCUUGGGCUUUCAGAUUUACCAAUGUCUGUAGCAUUCUUUUCAUCCGUUGAAGUGGAUACUGUUCUUAGGAAGGACAGCACCAUGGAUUGCAAAACUCCAUCCAAUCCUCAUGGUCUGCAAAUUGGUUAUGGAAUUGCACCUGGUGAAAGCUUAACGAUAUAUGACGCUAUAGCAAAAGCAGGAGGGGGAGAUCUAAGCCAAUGGACGCAUUUAAAAUAACAAUUUUAGUUAUUUUACCUUUGAAUAUCUUAAUUAAUUUAAUUUUUAGUGUGACUAAAUAAAAUAAAUAAAUUGUUGUUUGUUGUAAAAGAAAGAAAAUAAAAAUACAAAAAAUUAAAAUAAAUUGUUUGUUCUAAAAUUUUAUGAAACACAAUAAUAUACUUUUUAUUCUGGGUUCUUGAAGAAAAUACAAAUUCAGAUAAACGAAGAAUCCAAAGGGAAUAGGGGAAAGACUGAUAUUUCGAAAGAAUUUUCAUAAAAUCUAUGGAAAAGAGAAAUAACCAAAACAUACAAAAAAAACUUAAUUUAAAGUUAAAUUUAGCGUAAGAAAACGGUCAAUUUUUAUUAGUUAUGCAAAUAACAUCAAAUUCGUAUAUCUCAUUUCAUAAAAAUUCAAAACAUUUAUAAAAUUCUGACCACCCCUAAUAAUAGAGAAAAGUUUUUCUCAUGAAUUUAUGUAUAAUAAAGUGGCAGCACUAUUAGCUGUCAAUUGGUAAAAACGUUCCGUGAGAUAAAAAAAUUCUUUCGAUAUUGUUGUACAAGUGCAUUUUUGGACUAAUAUUAGUCAUAAUUGGCAUAUUUUCUUGCUAAUCGUGUAGACGGCCCAGAGUCCGCGAUUAACUACUUUCACAAUAUUUAAAAGUAUUACAAAAAUCUUCGCAUUUAUUAAUUUAUAACGACAAUGUCUGAACGAUACACAUUUGGAGGCUCUUUGGCAUCAAUAACUUGUCAUGCUUGGAAUAAAGAUCGC